AAAUUCCGCUUUUGCCCGCCAUUGAGCUCCUCCGAAGCCUCGGUCAGCAGACCAGACGCGGCGGCCGGAAACAGCUCGAAGAAGGCCCCCUCCUAUACCGAAAUCGCGAAGCCGACAAUGGCCAACCUAGCGAUCCUCUCCCGCGCCGCGAGAGGCUCGUCCCUGGCCGCCUCGAUGCGCGGCCUCUCGGUCGCGACGCCCGCGAUCAAGCCGCGGCAGCAGCAGCAGCAGCAGCACGCCUUCCACCAGACGAGAUCACUUUCGCGAUCGAUAUUCGGCUCGACGCCCACCGCGCGCGCGCUCCUGGCCAGCAGGAGGACGUGCGGAGGGGCCCUGCCGGUGGCCGGCGCGCGGCCGACCGCCGUCGCGGCCACCGGGGCGACGGCGACGGCGGCGGUGCAACAGCAGGCGAGGGGGAUGAAGCUACGCAGCGCCAUCACAAAGCGGUGCGAGCACUGCAAGGUCGUACGACGGAAGCGUGGAAAACGGCACCGAGGAUGGCUCUACGUCAUCUGCAGCGCGAACCCCAGGCACAAGCAGCGGCAGAGCUGAGUUGAAAGGGAGGAGACGCAUGCAGAUACAAUAAGAAGAAAAUCUACGCAGCCAGGUGCCAUCUGAAGAGAGCCUCUGGAUCCGGGUGGACGGGAUGUACGAUAAGGGACAUUUACAUGGGCCACGUUGUAGCAAGCAACGGGCGGCUGGGAUGGACAGCUCUCGGACAAGGGUGUCGUAUUACUCUUGUCGCUCCGGCACAAGCCGACGUGCCUGGGCGGUUGGUUAGGGCUUUCCAUGGUGGAGGAUGGCCUUGUAUAUCACACUACAGAUUUGUGCAGAUACCCGCCGAGCACAACCCACGAGUUGCCGUUCAUGCCGCUUGAUUAACAGAGCGCUCUAUGCUCCCCAGCGUUGCCCGGCCCAUCUGUAUUAGAUGCUGGAUUUGACCCUAUGGGAAAGAUUCAAGCCCAGUCAAUAAGCUUGCCUCGGCGUACAGGCCAAAGGCCGUGUUGUUUGCGUGACCACCCUUGUUGGCACAUGAAGAGUGGAUGUGCAGAUGACGAAAACUGACCGG